AUGGGGAAGUUUAUGGGUUUUUGGGGUGUAAUAUUUUUUGGUUUUUUCCUAAGCAAAUGGGUUGUUAAAAGCUUUGAAUUUGAUGAGCUUUUCGAUAAUAGAACAGAAGUUUCAUUCUUGGAAUCCAUGUCCUUGUUGGAGUCCGUGUAUGGAGUUUCAGCUGCAGGUGCCCCUCCUUAUGCUCUCACGGUGCCUCUUACACUUAUUCAAGGAGCUGCUGCUAAAGGCGCUGUAUGUUUGGAUGGAACAUUACCUGGCUAUCACUUCCAUCGCGGGUUCGGGACAGGGGCAAACAGCUGGCUCAUCCAACUGGAGGGUGGAGGGUGGUGUAACAACAUUAGGGCCUGUGCUUACAGGAAAAAGACUCGCCGUGGGUCCUCGACAUAUUUUGAGAAGAUAAUUCCAUUUACAGGGAUCCUUAGCAAUAAAGCUCAAGAAAAUCCAGAUUUCUUUAACUGGAAUAGAGUAAAAAUCCGGUACUGUGAUGGCGCCUCCUUUUCUGGGGACAGUGAAAAUAAGGCUGCAGGGUUGCAGUUCAGAGGACAGCGUAUAUGGCUAGCUGCAAUGGAAGACUUGAUGUCAAAAGGAAUGCGAUAUGCAAAUCAGGCCACGCUUGCUCUCUUGGAUUUGUCUCCAAUAGUUAAAAUUGUAAACUAUCAUGCAUUAAUGUAUAGAAGUGGCGCAGAUUUACAUCCGAACGGUGCUGAUGUAAGAGUUUCUGAUUCUAUUUGUGAUAAUAUGAACAAUGGCAAUGGUAAUUGCCGAAAUGGGUUUUACCAGAAAGCAAAGAAAUUCCAGCUCCUUGACUGA